AUGAUGAGAUCCAACAUUAUCUUUGUAGAUUCCCCGUUGGGUUCUGGAUUCUCAUACUCAAGAAAAUAUGAAGGGUAUGAUGCCAACGAUACUAUUUGGUCCGAACAGGCUUCUAAGUUUCUUUUACAGUGGCUUGUUGAGCACCCACAGUUCAUCUCCAAUCCCCUCUACAUUGCUGGGGAUUCAUAUGCUGGAAAAAUUGUACCUAUGGUGGCCAAAAGAAUAUUGGAUGGUAUUGAUGAAGGGAAAGAAUCAUUACUUAACCUCCAGGGUUACUUGAUUGGCAAUCCAUCCACGGGUGGAAAAGUCGAUACCAAUUCUAAAAUACCUUAUGCUCACAGCAUGGGAAUCAUAUCAGAUGACUUCUUUGGGUUAUCACUUCGCUUUGCCUUGCCCUCGUGGUCGUGGGUUGACGCCGACUCCUCCGGCCGCUUUUCGUAG